GAGCGCUACUAUAGACAAAACAUUAUCUACUCUUUCUUUCUUUCCUAUAUUCGACCCGAUAAAUCUUAGAUCGGCAAACUUUUACUGUAACUUGAAUUUAGUUUUUGUUAUUUUUUAUUUUUUAUAUCAGCUGAUAUAGUGUGUGUGUAGUGUUUGCACCAGUUUUAUACAUUAGAAGCUGCUAUGUCUAUCAGAAAACAAGCCCCGGAUAUUUCCAACUACAACUACAAACAAUCAUCGAAUCCAUAUAUUACCAUGCCUGAUACCCCGCGCGGAGGAGGGUUUGACCUUGGUGCGAUCCGAAGCAUUCUUGAACAGGAUGCAAACAAAUAUCUUAAGGGGGUUUGCAAUCGGGACGUUGAUUGGUUUCUUAGAGAUUCUCAUAUCGAUCCAAGCCAACCAGAUUUGACAUCCAAAUCAACCAAAAGCCCCACUGCUGCAACCUCGAAUGGUGUAGAAACUACAGAUGCUGACGGUAGCUCCGGUAAUGUAUCGCCUACCAAAUCUGGGUCUGUUCCAGAGUCCACUCAAUCCAAGCUCAACCCCGUUAGUCUGCAUCUUCAAACUUCAAUUUCAAAUACAAAUGAUAACUUUACCACCAAGACUAAACCAUCAGUAGCGCCCAUCCAGGAAGAAUCCGUUUCUCCUGUCCAUGAAGCUACUAGUUCGGCAAUACGUAGAGUGCGGUCGGCCAGUAAUCCUUCCACUGGCACGAAAAUUGUCCUAGACAAUGGUAAUUCUUCUAAUCGGAGAAGACUUUCGAGUGCCACAUCACUUUCUUCUUCUAUCGGAAGCAACGGAAGCGGAAGUGGGAGUGGUGGUGGGUUCUUUUCCAAACUCAAGGGCAAAUUCCAUAAGACUGCUGAAGAGUUGUUGAUCUCGCCAACAACUUCUCCCAUGUCUACUUCACCACCGCCAUCAAAAGUCACGUCAAACAAUUUGUUCAAAGAAGAUUACCUGUUUGGAAACCAUUCAUCCAAACCUAGCAAUGGUAUAGAUUCCAAUGGACUCACGCGAUCAAGCACUAUUUCAGCAAAGACUAGAACUCCUUCAAGAGAAAAAUCCGAUGGAGGAGGAUUAAACCUCACUAGAACAAUGUCAACGCCAAAUUAUUCUGAGAAUACAUCUGACCCUCGUUUAGAUGAAUAUAUCAAGUUUUAUCAACAAAAGAGUCUCAAGAGAAAUUCUGGUUCAAGGAACGACUCGUUUUCUGGGCAUGGAUCUACCACGUCAGUGCCAAUGAAUGCGAUCCCAGGUCAUCCUCAUGACUCUCCACUUCCAAGCGCACUCUUAAAUGGAUAUGAAAACGUUACAUAUAAUAGAAACAAUUUAGCAUCAACUUCGCCAUCAUCUGGGGCGGCAAAGAUUACUUCAUUUCUUAAAAGGAAGUCAAUUCUGCAGAACACACCUUCUCUUCCAUUGGUUCAGAUUGCUACAGAACAUAAUCGAAGAUCCUCAGAGUCUACAUAUUCCAUUAAUUCAACCGCUCUGCCACCAACUCCUACGAACUCAGAUGUCUUACCAGAGUUCGCAGAUGUCAAACCAUUGAGACGGGUGGCAUUUCACUCACUGACAUUCUUAAUUGACCCUCCUCAACAGAUUCCAUCCAGGAAACCACGUAAGGGAAAUGUAGAAAUUCUUCCUAAUGGGAAACUCAAGAUACAUCCACUCUCGGAAGAAGAAAAAGUAGCAUUGGAAAAGUCUCAAGUUGGCCAAGGUGGUGGCAUUGUAGUCGGCGGGUCCGGUUCAUUGGGACUUGUCAAGAAGGAUGCUUCUGAUGAAAAAAUUAACAUUCAAUCGAUUGACGAUGACGACACCAAGGUUGACAAACAUGCAAAGCUGUUGGCAAUUGACAAGCCAAUGAUUUCACAUCAUGCUCACAAUUACACUGCCCCAGCACAGAAGAUGCAGCUUGAUUUGAUGUAUACCAGAUGUUGUCAUUUAAGAGAAAUCUUACCAAUUCCUGCGAUUCUCAAGCAGAUCCCUGCCGGGUCAAUGUCACCUAUCCCAAUUCUUCAAUUGAGGAAUCCUACUCCAACCAUGGUUGAAAUUCAGACGUUUGCGGAUUUCAUUCGUAUUGCACCAAUUAUUUGUGUUUCAUUGGAUGGAGUUAGUCUUUCUUAUGAUCAAUUUAAGGAGGUUCUUUCAGCAAUGAGUGCUAAAAAGCAAUUGGAAAAAUUGAGUUUAAGAAACACCCCAAUUGAUCAAGAAGGUUGGUCAUUGCUCUGUUGGUUUCUUUCUAGAAAUACUGUAUUUAAUAAGUUGGAUAUCACUCAAUGUCCAUCAUUACUGGUAAACUUGUUGAAAAAGAAGAAGAAAAAGUCAGCUACUGAAGUUAAAGAAGAGGAAUUAGUUAGAAUGAGCUGUAACAAAGAGAAUAGAUCAGACAUGGAUUGGGGGCUUUUCACAGCUUCAAUUAUCGCAAGAGGUGGUAUCGAUGAACUUAUUCUUAGUGGAUGUUGUAUUUCAGAUAGCCAUGUAUUUGAACAAUUGGUUAGAUUGGCAAUGCUGAUAAGAACAUCUCGUCUUGGUUUGGCUUACAAUAAACUUUCCGUCAAGCAAGUGAUGACACUUGUUGACUGUUGGCUCUUCCAGCCAUUUGCUCGUGGAUUGGAUCUUGGAUAUAACGAUUUCCUGUCUUUACAAUUUCUUAACGUGCUUUUGGAAAAGAGAAAGGAUCCAAAGUUUGAUGAAUUAGUAAAGAAUUCAAACUUGGGAUUUUUCAGUCUUAAUGCUACAAAUUUGAGGUUUUCUGAGACUUUUAAAGAAUUCUUUGAAACCAUAUUGUUAAGAUUUCCAAAUUUAAAAUAUUUGGAUAUGUCUAAUAAUGGUAAAUUAUUUGGUACCUCAGUUGCACCAACUAAUUCAGUGACAGCCACCAAAAAUACAGUUGAUCCAGACACUUCAAUUGCAUCUAUAUCAUCUUCAUCAUCUUCAUUAUCCACUAGUACUACUAAUUUCAAUCAAGAUGCAAUUGUUUCAUAUUUCACUUCGAAACUUCCACUCUUUCCCAAACUUAUCCGACUUCAUUUGGAAAAUAAUAAUUUGAGUGGGAAUUCCAUUAUUGCCAUUGCUAGAACUCUUCCAUUUUGUAAAAAUCUUGGGUAUUUCUCGGUACAUGGGAAUGAAAUUGAUUUGACGUCUGCAAGUGCUCUUCUUCAAGCAUUGGAGAAUUCCAAGACAUUGAUUACUCUUGAUUGUGAUUAUGAGCAAUUUCCAAGUCUAUUCAAGGAGAAGAUUGGGUUAUAUACCAUGAGAAACAUGGAAAGACUUCUUUAUGCAUCUACUAGAAAAUCAGGGGGCCUGAGAAAAUCAGGAGAUCUGAAAUCGAUUCCUAUGCCAUCAGAAUUGGUUGAAGAUCAACAAGAACCCCAAGAUCAACCAGCAUCAUUAACGGAACAACUUAACGCCAUUCUUGCCAAGAAAGCUGAUGAUAAAUUGGAUCUUAAUGCUCCGGAUGUUCAACGAUUUAUUGCCAAGGCAAGGAAAAUUAGACACGAUUUACGUGGGUCUAUGAAUGAGCUUUACAAAUUACAACUUCUGAAUGAAUUGAACCUUGAAGGUAAAGAAAUGCUUAUUAGGUUUGUUUUUAUCGAAUCAUCCAUUGAAAAGGGAUUACAAUUGAUUGACAAUUCUUUGGUUGAUCCAAAGGAUUCUUAUUCUGCAACUGAAUGUAUGAGAAAUUCAGCUGAGGAUACAAGAAAUGCCCAUUUGUUGGGCCCUAGACAUCCACAAAAUGAAACAGAGCUUUCACCAAAUGUUAGGAUAGCCCCAAGUAAAUCACCCCUUUCACUUUCGAGAACUUCAUCCAAAUCAAACCUUGCUAGUAUGGAUAGAAAUGAAGGUUCUGUCUUGAAACUUAAAAAGAUUCAUGAAAAUCUUCAAUCAGCAGCUGACGACAAUCCACAACGUAAUAAGUUUCUCAAAGAUUUUAGUGAAUUAUCCGGAGAAGAAAUUAGAAAGAAUUUACUGAUUGCAGAUUUGGGAGAAUUGGAUAAAAUUAUUGAUUAUCUUGGAGAUCUUAAGGACCAUAAUAUUUCUCUCGGGAGUGUAUUUAAUCAAGAAGCACUGGGAUCGAAAUCCAGUCAAGAUGAAGAUAUCCAUACGAAAUUGAAUCAUCUUCAGAAGACAUUGAAUGAUUUAGCCAACCAAAGGGCAGGGUUAGAGGCUGGGAAUGAUGAAACAGUAUCUGACUCUCAAUCUGAAAGUGCUAAUGAAAUACAGAAUGAUCUGGAAGUUGUAGACGGGGAUAAACUAAGUGCAACAUAUGACCAGAUUCUUAACGAUUUAGAACGUAGAAGAAUCGGUUGAUUAUAUAGAAGCGAGUAAUAUAAAUUUUAAGAAUAUAUCCACUGUGUAGCAACUGAAUAGUACAUCUACUAAUAAUAGUUAGUUUGCACUGGUUUCAAUUCCCAUGUGGGAGAUUUUAUCAUAUCACUUGGAAUUUUCUUUUGUCCCUGUAUAUCUUGCAAUGCAAUAUAUUCUCUUCAAGCUACACAUAUAUUCACCCUUUUUUUGGUCUAGCAUCUUCUAUUCUUGCUAAAUAUAUAACAUUUUAU